CCUUGGUCCAUGUGAUCCAUAAGUCCUGUAGAGGGCUGGACUGAGCACUAUAUAAACACUACACCUCCCUGGGUGCUGCAACCUACAGCCUCAGUCAAGCCUCAUCCACUGUCAGGUUCUGACAACCACUCCAAGAUGUCCUUCAAUGAGCAGCAGUGCAAACAGUCAUGUGUAGUUCCUCCAUGCCUUCGGAAGGGCCCAGAGCCAUGCUCAACCAAGGCUGAGGAGGUGUGCCUGCCCCUGUGUCCGGACCCCUGCCAAGAAAAAUGCCAGCAGCCAACUCAGGAGAUGUGUCUCCCUCCAUGCCAUGAUCCCUGCCAAGAAAAAUGCUGGCAGAAAGAUCCAUGCCCACCGCAGUGCCAAGACAAGUGCCAGCCAUCACCCUGCACGGAAUCCUGCCCAGGGAUGGUCCAGUUGAAAUGCAUGGAAGUGUGCCCACAAAAAUCCCAGGAGCUGUGCUCAGCCCCAGGCAAGGGCAAGUAGCUGUUCACAGCACCUUUUAGAUGGAGAAGCCACCGGUAGAAAGAUUCCCCACCCCAGUCUGCUGCCAUGGGGGUACCUAUCAGCCACCUAUACCUCCAUUCUCCCAGUCCCCAAUCUGGGUCUCCCAAGACUGUGUCUCCAACAACCUCUGUGAUUUCAGCAUUGUUCUGGGUAGUCUAGCAGAAGCUUUCAGCCACAGAGAGAGUGCAGUCACUGUAGAGAUCUCCCACUCUUCAGAUAGCUCCCACCAGGAGCCAGUCACCCAAGCCUGAACAUCCCCCUUUAUCUUUCAGUGUCACACUCCCACUUCACACCUUGGAUCACAUGGAAUCUACCUAGACUUCACCAUCCCUUCUAGCACCGGGCAGCAGUGAUGUGAAACAUCCAAAAUGGGGUGAUUUUUCUUCCCACACUCAAAAAAAUGGAUGCUAGUGUGUCAGUCAUAUUCUCAAAAAUGAAACAGAAUCAUGUAAAUGAUCAAAUGAUCAAGCCCAAAAAGCCAAUGAGGAGAGAUGAUUGGGGUAGGGUGGGGGGUGCCUCCAGGUCUUGGUGCUUUAGGGAUGGUCUGCUCUGAGCCCUUGGUUUCCAUGCUAAGGGUUUUGCUAAGAGGUGGUGGUGGUGGUGGUGGUGGUGGUGGUGGUGGUGGUGGUGGUGGUGGUGGUGGUGGUGUGUGUAUGUAUGUGUUGGUACAGGGUGGUCUUCCCUGGAGCCCCUCUGCCAUCUUCCCCUGAUAAAGGUGAAACACAGAAUAAAGCUGAUCCUGAGGCUUA